GCUUGUGAUGGCUUCAAAUUGGAGUAGAACAUUGUUAACGAUGCGUGGGAAGUUAAAAGGAACAGAAUAGGAUCCUGAAAACUCUCACCGGAUCAAUUUUAGCGAUUUUGUGAAACUGCUAGAUUCCAACAGUGUUCAAUACAUGGAGUAUUCAAACUACGGACAGACGAUAUCAGUGAUUUUGCCUUAUUAUAAAGAUGGGGAGCCCCAAGGAGAAGAAGACGAAGAGUCGAAAAAGGAGAUAAUUUUCCGUCGGCACAUUGUGGACCGAAUGCCAAUUGAUGGUUGGAAUGAUGUUUGGAAGAAGUUGCAUCAGUGGGGGUAUUGUUGUAUUCAUCCUUAGCCAAUCUCACCAACCUAUCUUCAUCACACUUGAUGUCAAUCUCCAUGAUGAUAAGAAGCAGAGGCAAAUAUUCAUCUUCACCGAGAAGCUUCUCCACAAUGUUGCUUCCAUUCCAUGUUUCAGAAACGAAAGCUCAAUGAAGUGGCCUCGAAGCCCACACGCGAUUAAUUUAAAAACCGAGCUUCCCAUGGAUGUUGACGGAGAAGUUGAUCGCGGGCAAAACCCUAGAAUCAUGGAGAGAGAUUCAGAUGCGUCCAAAGUCAAUAUCGCACAGCCUUCAUGGUUUUCUCCUAAAAAGCUUCUCUUUGUGUUUUGUGUUGUCAACUUAAUAAAUUAUAUUGAUCGAGGAGCUAUAGCAAGCAAUGGUAUCAAUGGGAGUCGUGGUUCUUGCUCCUCGAGUGGUACAUGUUCAGCUGGCAGCGGAAUACAGGGGGAUUUCAACUUGAGCAAUUUUGAAGAUGGAGUUUUGUCAUCUGCCUUCAUGGUUGGGCUUCUUGUGGCCUCUCCUAUAUUUGCUUCAGUAGCAAAGAGUGUUAAUCCGUUUAGACUAAUCGGAAUUGGAUUAUCGAUCUGGACUCUUGCUGUGAUUGGCUGCGGCUUAUCGUUUGAUUUUUGGUCCAUCACAUUCUGUCGUAUGUUUGUCGGUGUUGGUGAGGCAUCAUUUGUAAGCCUCGCUGCUCCAUUUAUCGACGAUAAUGCCCCACGUGAUCAGAAAUCUGCGUGGCUUGCUAUGUUCUACAUGUGUAUUCCGACAGGCUAUGCUCUUGGCUAUGUAUAUGGUGGACUGGUGGGGAGUGUUCUUCCGUGGCGUGCUGCAUUUUGGGGAGAAGCAAUAAUUAUGCUUCCUUUUGCUGUUCUUGGUUUUGUUAUCAAACCCUUGCAUUUGAAAGGUUUCGCUCCAGAUGAUGCAGGAAAAACCCGGACAGAUAACUUAAACGCUUUGCCAACCGGCGAUGGGUUCUCAUCUGUAAUGAAAGAUUUGAAACUACUUUUGGGAGAUAAGGUUUAUGUUACGAACAUACUUGGGUAUAUUGCUUACAAUUUUGUCUUAGGCGCAUAUUCGUAUUGGGGGCCAAAGGCAGGCUAUAACAUAUACAAGAUGGAAAACGCUGAUAUGAUAUUUGGAGGGAUCACAGUUAUCUGUGGAAUCGUUGGCACAUUGUCAGGAGGAGUGGUUUUAGAUUUCAUGGAUGCUACAAUUUCAAAUGCCUUCAAGCUUCUUUCAGUUUCAACAUUUAUAGGAGCGUUAUUUUGCUUUGUUGCUUUCUGUUUCAAGAGCAUGUAUGCAUUUUUAGCUCUGUUUGCUGUUGGUGAACUUCUCGUCUUUGCCACACAGGGUCCUGUGAAUUUCAUAGUUCUCCAUUGUGUCAAACCAAGUUUGAGACCACUUGCAAUGGCCAUGUCUACUGUCUCUAUCCACAUCUUUGGAGACGUUCCUUCCUCACCACUCGUUGGAGUUCUUCAGGACUACGUGAACAAUUGGAGAGUGACUUCUCUUGUUCUUACGUUUGUUCUAUUUCCAGCUGCUGCGAUUUGGUGCAUAGGGAUUUUCCUGAAUAGUGUGGAUCGAUAUAACGAAGAUUCCGAGCCUGAUGCAGUGACUAGAGAAUCAACCAUUGCACCUCUUCUAGAGGAAGCAUGAGACAAAAACUUCAAAUGUCACUAUAAGAAUAUGAUUUAUUUAUCUCUUUCUCUACUGUCUUGUACAAAGAUAUGUAUGUGUACCUUGAACAUAAACAACUACCUUCAUUUGUAUACUA